AUGCUCCCCGGCUCCUGCACCAGGAAAGAAGUGAAGGAAGCGGUUGUAAGAAGUAGCGCCAACAGAUAAAGUACCAUGUUUUUCAUACAAACAGGUUUCAAAAAAGUAUGCCAUGCUUCAAUGCGAUACCUGGCCGCCCAUGCCUGCUUUUCGGGUUGCUGAAUAAUUUACUCAGUAUCUGCAAUGCGCAUCCUGAAAAAUUGUUACUUAUUUUUUGGAGCCACUUACGGUCCGCUACCUG